CUUUAUGGAAAUUUUGACGAAGCCAGACUCUCUUCGGUGUGACUCUUUCCACCCGCAAACCCUCACAACAUCAUUCUGAGUGCCAAGACUUGCGAAUUCAUCAGCAAAACCCGCCCACAUCGACCCAUUUCUUCCACUCUUACCAACUUCAUCGACUUCCAAACAGUUUACAACACAAUCUUUCAAGAUGGGAAAAGUUCACGGAUCUCUCGCCCGUGCCGGUAAGGUCAAGUCUCAGACCCCUAAGGUCGAGAAGCAAGAGAAGCCAAAGACCCCUAAGGGCCGCGCCAAGAAGAGACUCACAUACACCCGCCGUUUUGUCAACGUUACCCUGACUGGUGGCAAGCGAAAGAUGAACCCCAACCCUGGCUCAUAAGCGCGACGCAGCGCCUACCCUCUUGAGGGCAGCCAGUGUCGUACUCGGGAGGAUUCGGAAGGCGAUGGACGAGCAGACAUUCGACAGGGUCUGGCUCUGAGCGUCCACCUCUUUUACGUAUGGCAGGCAAGCACACUCUGCUCUAUUAUGAUCGGCAGUGAAUGGAUGAAACGGAGGUUACGGAUGCAUACGGAUUUGCAUCUUUCAUUAGGGAGUCAUACGGCAUCAUCGUUCUGGCUUGGUCUUGGUCAUUACCCACAGGCCUCUCGUCUGUACUUACGCAGGUAUCGCCUGGAAAAGGCAGAAAUACAGGGGACAGUAAUUUUCUCUGCAAAGCUCGUUAUUGGUAAAAGUGAGCGUGAUUGUCUGUCUAUAUAUACUGCUGGGAUAUGUUAGCGUGCGUGAAACAUGCCGGCUGUAUUUAUUAUCUUUCUCUAGACUUGCUAUUACUGGCUACUACCUGAAUACGCCAUUACGACUACAUGGAGAUGUUAUACUUUAGAAAUGAGCUAAGGUAAUAAGCAACAUCUGGAUAUCUGUGCUCCGA